CUCACGUCUAACUGAUAUUGUUGAAGAAGUUCAACGGAUAUUUAAUGAACAAUCUAAAAGAGCAAUUUUAAAUAAAUACAAGAAUGAAAUCCCAACAAGAGGUAUGCCAAGCAUAAUAGACAAAUAUUUUUCUGAACUUGACAAGAUUUUAAAGGAAUUUCUUACACCGCAAAUUCUUCAAAAACAUCGUGAUCAA